UAUGAAUUUGAUAAGAGUGCAAUUAGUUUAAGUGUUCGAAUUAAUAGCUUAAAAGAUUUCAACGAUUUUCAAAAAUUAAGAGAUUUAAAAAUACAUCGAAUUAUCUAUAAUCUUAAUGAUAAAACAGAACUAAUGGACUUUUUAGCUGAACAUAAUGAUGAAUGUAUUAAGAAAAUAUUUGAUCCAUCCUUUUUUAUAUGUAAGUUUAAAAAUAAAUGAAAAUCUUAGUUCGUGGUGUCAGUGUAAACAUUCCUACAAUUUUAAGAGAUGGUCAUUUUAGAAAAUUAGAAUAGAAAGCAUUAUUAUAGAUUUGCUAACAUCUAUUUAAAUUAAAGACUGAUCAAAAUAAGACUUAAUUUUAAGUGUUUAUGGUAUAAAUGAUUAAUUUAUUUUUAUGCAUUAAAACAUGAUGGAAAUAUAGGUAAAGAAGAAGAAUUUCUGAAUUUAGUGAAAGAAGAAUUGGAUGAUUUAUAAAGUGUGAUUGAAAAUUCAUUUAAUUUUGAAGUUAAUCAUGUACUUAGUUAUAAUCCAAAAUUCACUUAUGAUUUAUUAUUUAAAUUGGCAAAUCAACAGAAAACAUUAAAAAGUGUUAAUUUUAAUAUUUACAGAUAUGCAAAUCCUUAAUAAAGUGAACUUGAUUAAAAUAGAGAAAUAUUGGCAACUCUAUAUUAACAUGUUAAUGAAUAAUACAAUACCAUAUUUUUAAAAAACUUCAUUUAUGAAGAUUAAUAUGUUAAAUAAUAGAAUUUAUCUGAAGGCAUUGUCAGUUAUUCACAUGUAAUAAUUUAUUAAUAUUAAUAUAUAUUAGUUAGUAGACAUGUUAAAAUUGAUGCAUUUUAGAGGUUCUUUAGUGUUUGAAUAUAAUAAGAAUUUAGAGAGGAAUGUUGAAUUCAUAGAUUAAUUGUUGUAAUCAAGUAAAUACAUUUUAUGUGACAAACAUAAAUUGGGAGAAGACCAUGAAUCUCAUAUUGUUGAUGGAGAUACAAUGCCACCUAUAGAUAUUUGA